UAGCCACUUUCGUUUCUACUCUGUCCCCUCGUCUCUCUGUUCGCCACAGACGGCGGAACCCCGGUCGCCUUUGACGGCGGAGGAGCCAUCGCGCCGCGCGAGCCGUUUCCCUUAUCCCUUUCCUUUCUUCUUUCGCAGAGGGAGAGAGAGAGCGACGACUGCGCCUCCUCUGCUCCCCCUCGCCUCUCCCUCUUGCUCGCGACGGCGGCCUCUGAACGGGUCGUCGAGCCACCGCGCCACGCGCAGUCGCCGGCGACGGCCACCGCCGUCGCGAUUCUUUCUUUCCCUCUUCUUGAUUUCACCCAUCCACUAACCUCCUGUAUGCGCGCGAGAGAGAGCAGAGAGGUGUCGCGGCCUUCCGAUGCGGCGCCCCCGCCGACCCCUUUGCCGGCGUGCGCGAGCACCUCGAGGGUGAACGCGCCGCCGUCAAACGGCUUGGUGGUGGUGCCCUUUGCCCCGUGUGGGGUUGGUUCUUCGUUCCCGCACCUCGGCUUGCCGAUGCGUGUGGGGAUCGAGAGGAACAGGCGCGGCCGGAGUGGCGGCGCACUUUGCCGGCGGCCCAAGGCCUUCUCCGGUGUACUUUUGUGUUCUUUUGUUUGCUUUUCAUUGCCCUGUUAGGGUUCUUUGGGGAGGAGGGGAUUUCCUUUUCUUUUCUGUACCGAAAAUCCUAAACCAAUCUCUGGCUGAUACCAUUGAUAGAUCCCUGGAUCGGUUAGGGUUAAGGAUUCACGGUGGUCUUUACCUUUUCCUUGGAUCGGUGAGCCCGAUGGGGUGGCCAUGGUGGAUGGCGGCGGCGGUGAUGGCAGAUCGUGGGCGAAGUGGUGGCGGCGCUUCCCAUCAGCACUGCACUAACCCUAACCUAGAUUGGUAGGGGAUGUAGGUGGGACCUCGUGUUGCGACCCAUGGUCCCACCUCUUUAUAUAUAGUGCAGGUGACAGGGGCCCGUCACCCAUAGUGGGUUGAGCGCCCCCGAUCAGGGCGCGGAUCUAAGGGCCCGGUGGGCCGUUGGGCCCACACAGUGGAGAUCAUCCUAACAGGGUUCACUAUGCGUAGCAACUGAGCUAAUCUGCAUUAUAACCUGCGAAAUACGAUCGCAUAGCUCCAAUAAAAGCUAUUGUGUUGACCUAAAGAAACAUAACAACACAAGUGUUUUCUGAAAAUCAGUAUGCAUCAUAUGAAAUUAUGAAUAGACUGUUUCAACAUGCAUCACCACCCUAGGUUGUGGCGUGCGCUCAGCUUUGCACCCAGCCUGCCACCCGGGUUCCAUUGUUGGGCCCCACAAAUGUGCGUGCCUGGGUUGUUUCUUCUGAAUCAAUACGCUACAGGGGCUAGUCCCUGUUGGUCGAAUUUCGUUUUGGUUGGUCAAAUUAAAUUUGUUGCACUAUCUUUCUCAUGAGAAAAACAGAAAAUGCCAACAAAUCCUAGCUAUGUUUCUACAUCUUCGUCGUAAUAGUCACCUGACACAUCAUCGUGCUUGUUUUGAUCAGGGUCCCGGAGCAUGUGGAGGAGGUGAGCAGCCGUGAGCUUGGGGAUACAAGCAAGGAUCUGUCUAGGUUUGAGACCCUGACGCUGAAUGACACACCUCACACGCUUGAAUCAGCUGACGGGCAGGAAAUAUUUGGAGGAUUUUAUCCACUCGACCAUCAAGGUGAUAUAAAAUUUGAGAGAAGACAAGCUGAAGAGCGAGCUCAAUUUUUCCAAGCACAAGGAUAUUGGCCACUCGACUUUGAAACUAACAGAGAAUAUGCAGACAUGAAAGUUGGAAAACAAACUCAAUCAGUCCAAGCACGGGGACAACAUACUUACGCUUCUAAGGAAGAAGAAAUUUUGUAAAUGCGAAACGAUGGAUGAGCGAGGAGGCGAUGGUGGCUUUCACAAGAUACAUUGAGAGCAAAGAUGAUCUUAAGGGACUUGAUUAUGAAUUUGACGAGCUUGUCCAUCAAUGUCUUAAUGUGGAGGAUUAUUUAAAGAUAUUCCAUCACUUCAACUUUACUGUCAAGAUAAAGAAGCUUGGCUCAGCUGAUUGGAUGUCGGUGAUGUACUUCGCCGAGGUCAAAUCGAUAUGUAUGAUAAAACUCUAUGCCUGUUAUCCUUUGGAGCAAGAUCAAUAUGGUGAAUGUUAUGCCCGUGAGAACCAAGGAAUGGGUGAACUGAGGCACCCGUUAAAAGGGAUAUACGAUAUGGGCAGGGAAGAUAUACAACCUCCCUUCUAUUAUGAGGACAGUGACUCUGAUGAAUUCAAUCCAGCAACAGUCCGGAGUUUAUCUUCUGAUGAUGAUAUGAGUUGAUGAUGGCCUUGUCCUUUAUUCUAGUACUGUAAGUUAGCUGUAGCUCUUGUAUGCUCUUGAUCUGUUGAUUCCUAGUUGAUUUAUGAAUGUAUUCCUAGCCCCAGCAGCAUCUGAAGAAUAUCGAGUAGCAGCGCAGCAAUGGUUUGUAACACUGGUAUUAUGCGUUGUUGGUUCUGAUGUCACACUCGUAUUUUCUUUGAUGCGACUGGUUUACUCUGCUUUAAAUUGUUGCUGUCACGGUUGGUGAA